GUGGCAAAUCCAUCAAAGCUUCGAUAUUGAUAGCUCCGCCUGUGUUAACCUAGAUUUCCGCGUCAGGAAAUAAACAAAGCAGAGUGGUUGUACACGAAGGAAUAUACUGCACUUUUCACCUCGAUUUUACAGGUAAAGCCAGACAACAGCAAAUAUGGUCGAUUUCCACGUGUCGUUCAACAUGGCGAUGGUGAUCGCGGCGGUGCUCGGGGAGCUGGUAAGCGUCUUGUUCUUCAACCACCACAGCGCCUGGGGGAGACAGAUCGGCGACCGCUUCCUCAUCACGGCACUCGUGUGUGACGGCAUCCUCGUUGUCAUACUCAAAUGGAUCAUGGAACAAUACUUCACGAUCCGGAGCUGGGAAGACGCCGCCAUCUUGGCCAUGUGGCUUGCUCUGGUUUACCUGACGCUUGAAGCGCCACACGUGGUCCACGACCACAGGAGCUUCUCUUACUUCUUUGUGCAUGCGCUGCACAAGUUCGCGGUCCUCUUCGUUAUGAUUUUCGCCUUGUUCCAUUUCAAGAACUAUUAAAACAUGUGGCGAUUUGAUGAAACAGUAGCUAGGUACACCAAAAAGGCACCAUUCCAUGGAUUAUUAGAGACACGUUGUUUGCAAUCUCGAAUGGCAUUCAAGUUUAUACUCAGGAAUUCGUGUUAAAGGCAGUGUUGUAGGUGGAUGUUUAUAGUAGUUUUUUUCUUACAUGUAUUCAAUAUUGUAUUACAUAGACGUAUGAACAAAAUGUUAGUUAUUACCGGUAAGUGUAAUGUACAUUAUCCACCCAUUACCCCACCCUUGUGUAUGGAAAAAGUCCCAGCAUUUUCUGCGUACCUAGAAGGACAUCUAAAUACAGCGUACCGGGGGGGGGGUAAAAAAAUGUAAAAAAAAUCACAUAAUCAAACUUCAAAAAUCACAAAUUUUUAAUAAAUACUUUAUUAAUAUGGACGGAUUGAACAAUAUCAACAUGCAAAACUUAAGGUGAUGACUGAUAAAUAAAUACUGAUCAUUUUGGAA